AUGACUUCGUUUUGUACUGCAACGAGCUUCCAGAUUCCGGCGAUCAACGGCGGCGUACUCCGCAACCGCCCUUCAUUGAGCACCGGAAGAGAGUGUGUCUCAGUUACCGGCGGCAUAUCGAAGCGGUCUUUGUCGUUCACAUGCCUGAGCGGUUCUUCUGAUGCCAGAAGACGAGCUAAGGAAGCUGUUGAAACGAAAAAAGCACCUCCUGCAUUGGGACCAUAUUCCCAAGCAAUUAAAGUCAAUAACCUUCUCUUUGUUUCUGGUGUUUCUGGCCGUAUUCCCGAGACGGGGAAGUUCAUCUCUGAUAAAGUUGAUGAACAAACAGAACAGAUUCUCAAAAACAUGGGGGAAAUCCUUAAAGCAGGUGGUGCAAGCUACGCAUCAGUUGUUAAAACAACAGUUCUGUUAGCUGACUUGAAGGACGCUACGACAGUCAACGGGGUUUAUGCUAAAUAUUUCCCUGCACCUUUCCCAGCCCGCGUGAGUUUACAAGUAGCUGCAUUACCAUUGAACUCCAAGAUUGAAAUCGACUGCAUUGCAGUUCUUUAA